AUGCUUUCCCUAUCCAUCCCCUCUGACGAAGAGGAGAAAGCACGUUCUCAACGUGCGAAGAAGCCCCGUACGAGGAAACCUUCGUGGUCGUUAGUCGCGUCCUCAGGUGUGCAUACACGACGGACCCUGCCAGUUUUGGCAUCGACGCAAAUUACUACUACAUCACCUGCUUCCUCUAGCUUGUUGGAUAACGAUAAUGAAUUUUCGAUGGUGAGCGUAGAGACUGCUGCAGCAACCGUCUCGCUCUCGACACCUGCCUUGCCUGUGUCCGUGCCGAAGGCGAAACCCAAGGCAAAGAAGAAGGAUCCAGGAACUGAAGACGAAGCCAAAGUUCAUCCACCGCAACCUCGUGCGAAACCCUUCGAUGUUCGGUCCUGA